AUGCACAAGAUCCGGAACCCGCGAAGCCGCCGCCGCUUGAACCGCGAAGAUGUCGAGCCCUUCUCGGACACACGAACGGGUGCUGCGGGCCCACUCAACAACGUUCCAGCGCAAGAGUACUCCCCCAAGCUACUUGCCAUCGCCGGCGUGAUGAUCGCCACGGGAGAGCUUGAUCGACUCUCGCUGGGAAGCAAUCACAGUCGCCGUGCCUCUCUGUCCCAAGCUUCACAGUUCAGUAUCAACAGCAGCUCGCAAGACUCGGAAGGGAAAGAAGAGGAAGAGCUCGAGCUACCUCCCCUACCGCCGAUCAAAACUGCCUUUGCCAGACGGAAGACACGCUCCAUGUCCAUGGUGGCGCCCCUUUCGAGCACACCUUAUAGUUUUGCCAUACAGGCGGGCAAAAGCGGGCUAUCUUCUGCACCGACCAGACGGUCUUCAACCGGGAACCAGCUCCUGUUUGGGCCCAGAGGGUCCCCCAUGGCCCCCGUGAACUCUCCCGCCCCACAACAGCCAGGGGUUGGCAUGGGUGCAAGUGUUCGACCUGGUACAGGGACGCCUACAGCUCAAGGACCGUUUGGGUCAUCAUUUCGCUCGAGGCGGCUCGCCCCACGCCGCUUGUCAGAACUCUGGAACGCUUCGUGGGACAACAAUGAAGAUGACGACGAUGAUUCUAAUUCCUCCGAAAGGCAAUCGAACUCUCCCGGCCAAUAUGAUUUGGACUCCCCCAGGUUUACCGGCGCUCGCGAAGACGACGCGAGUCCCGGCGGCGGAGGUAAUGCGGAGACUCCACGGCUUUCAUGGCCGCUUAACCUCGACCGCGUGGAUAAGUCCCUCACAGAGCAAGGUGAAUAUUUUGGGGGAGUAAAUGAUGAUGAGGAUGAGGAUAUUAGUCCGUCACGAGACGACAGGAGAGGAAGCCCGGGAUGGACGGGGACGGAGGAGACGGAGGAGACGGAGGAGAGGAGAAGAAGAAGAAGAAGAAGAAGAAGAAGCAGCAAACUCACUAUCCGGAAUACUGAAAACUCGACCAAUGGAAACCCGAGCGCCGGAAACCCGACUGACGAUGGGAACCCUUCGGAUACGUCACCCUCUACCUGUGAAUGCACACAUUGUGAGUACGUUGGGUAUUUUGCCAAGGUUGAGCAAGACGACGCGGCUGGCUGUAAUGGGCAGGAGGUGGAAUUGAAUGACGAUGAGGUUGGAGGUGGGGUGAUGCAGCGGUCGGGGUCGACCCUGACGGUCAUUCAUACACCUACCAGACAAUCGAGUCAGGAGGCGGAAGAUGGAUCGGAAGACAGCUAA